CAUGAGGAAACCCGCACUGAGGUGGUGUCCGCUCGCAUGUUCCCUGUCGUAACAGCUAGUUUGCAAUGCAUUCCAUCCUGAUUAAGGCGCUUUUGUCUAGUUCCCCUGAUUAUGACAUUUUAUUUGAAACGUUGUCUUGGCCAGUUGAGUCGUGGCCGGAAACAGAGAGAGUGGAGGCGCUUACAACUUUCAUUGAGGGAUUCGGACCGCUUCUGUCCGGCUCCUCUGCGGACUCUGCUCCACUCACAGAGGCGAAAAGGCAAUACUUUAUCGGGAAAAUCGAAGCAGUCGUUUGGACACAGUGUCUGCCUCUCCUCGCAAAAUUAUCAGAAGAAGCUGCGGCGAGCCAAGGCAUGCGAUGCAGAGAAACCACCACGGCUGCCUGCAGACUCCUGAGUGUUUGCAUCCCUCUGUGCGAAAUAAAUAACGCCAUAACAAGGCGGCUGGCUCUGUCCGUACUGCCAUCGCUGCAGGUGUCAAAGGGAGAUCCAGAGGUGGAGCUGCCCAGCCAGGGCCGGCUCACUGUAGAGGUAGCCAUCGAGGCACUUGCUGUACUGUUCCCUACACUUGUAUCAGAUGAGCAGCUGACUCUAACCACACUGUCCUCUGCCCUGUCCUGCAUCAAAACCCUGUCUGAUGCCCUGGUGUCCAAAAUCACUGUCAGGCUUCUGCUCACGCUCCUGGGCUGCUGCAGCAGAGCUCAGCUGAGAGGCACGCUGCAGGUCAUACUGGAUGAUCUGUGCAGCUGGCACUCACACAGCCCCGUGGCAGUGGUGACAGAGCGUGUGUUGCUGUGUUUGACAGCGCUCUCGGACCACCUGUUUAGACCUCAGCAGCCUUGUGAAAGCCUGCCCGCCUGUCAGCCUGACCCACGGCUGUCCCUCCAGUUUUGGAGGAUCCUCCAGGAUGGACUGACUCACAGGGACAACGUGGCUCGCAAGCGGGCAUUGUACCUCCUGAAAAGGUGUGUGGCCUUGUCGGAGGAGGAAAAGGCCGAGUGUCCAUGCUCGACAUCACAGGAAGAUGAGAUUUUGUUCAAGUGGGAUCCAGAGAGAGGCAAGCUGCUGAGAGAGUUCUGGGAGGACUACGCACUGGUGAUGGAGACCCUGGAGGAAAACCAGAUUCAUGUCAUUCGGCCAGUUCUCAACAGAAUAGACAUGUUGAUCCAAACGACUGCAAAUGAUAGUCAAGCGUCGGGCAGCGGCCUCUUCCACCCGUCCUGGCUGCUGUGUGUGUAUCAGCGCAUGUUCCACAGUGAGAACAAGUCCUUGAUGAGAGAGGGAGUGUGUCAUCUGCUGGAGCUCCAGGCCAUGCAGCAGCCCAGCUUUGCCCUGGCGUUCUCACAGUUUGUUGUUGGCCCCUUCAUGGAUGUUUUGUCGGAAAGCUCCCUCUUUCACAGGACCAGUGGGCAGAGCGUUGGAGACUGUCCUGAGCUGGGAGCUAAACUCCAAAGCUUCAUGGCCACCUUCUUCAGCAGCCUGCCACCAGAGCACAGAGGCUCUGUGCUGCUGCAGCUGAUCCAGUGGCUCGGGUCUCGACACUGGGGUGCAGUACCCAUCCUCUUCCUCUCCCGGGCCCUGUCCGGACUGUCCCCAAGGCCUCUGCUGGGGACCGAGGGGCUCAGCGCCCUCAGGGAGGUGCUGCGGUGCACUAUGAUCACUCAUCAAGUCCUGCUGAGAGGAGCGGCCCAGCGCUUCCUCCUGAACAGCGCCCUCUGUCUCACAGAAGUGAGUGCAGUGACCCUUGAUGAUGUUUUUAGUUUCCUGACGCAUUUCCGUGCAGAUGAGUCCCUAUGUAGAGGAACACAGCUGUGGAAGCAGUUGUGCAUCUGGCUAUCAGACAGUGAAGGCAAGUUCAAGCCCAGCACUGUGGAUGGAGUGAAGGACCAACAACAUGGAGCUGAUUGUGGUGCCACGAACAAGCAGACUGUAAGAGACUAUGUUCAAUCCGAGGUUCACACCUUUCUCCAAGUCCCAGCGAGCACAGGUCAGACUGAGCGGCUACCUGACCCCAGAGAUGCUGAUAAGCUGGCCAGGGCCAUUCUCCUGUGUGCUGACAUAGAAAAGAGUAGACCUGAAGGAAAUAUUGCCAAUGAGCUGGAGACAUUACUCUCCCCCCUGCUGGACACCCUGAGCAGAGUCAGCACCAACGUCUAUCUGCCACUGCGCAAGGCUGACAAGAGUCUGCAGCUCACUCUUCGACUUUUCCAACUUGGAGGAAAACCAGGGUGUCGGCAUGUAGCAGGCAAGCAAGUGGACAGUGUGAUGGUUACCAUGGAGAGGCUAAUUGUUAAAGUUGCAGAUCCCAUCCAAGAGUUUAUUCUGAGACGGCUGUGCGGGGAGCUGCAGGAGCUGUUUGAUGUGGAGCGGGCCGAGCUGUAUCUGUCUGUCCUGAGGCAGCUGGUGGUGAUGUACAGCUCUAUCCCAGAGCACCACAGUAAAAUGCAGCAGACUUAUUUCCCUAAACUCAUCAGAAACAGCCUCAAGAUUCUGCAGGAACCCUCCCCACAGAUCUCCUCUGUUGCAAGCCAGGUGGUUAGGGCAGUUGCUAUGGCAUCGCUGGCUGCGGUGUGUGGUCUCGUGGAGCAGCGAGUGAUUGACAGGCAAUCAGAGACCUUUGCAGCGUUGAAGUCUCUGAAUGACUUUUUCUACAAUCCAGCGUCUUCUCUGUCACAAAGCCGAGUGUCUCUGGGUCGCUUCAAUCAAACUCUGGUGAAGCCACCGGCAGUAGACUGUUCAAGCGAUGCAGGAGUGCAGGGGCCUCUACUACAGGACUGGGGACGCAUAGCUGCCCAGUUUAUGCGGGACCAGUGGGCGUGCCUGAGCCUCUUGACGAGGGCUGCUGGCGUUUCCGAGUCUGUGGAGAUUUCUAGAGCCCCUGACACCCUCAAGGCUGCGUUUGGCUGCUCUGUGGAGGCCCUGGCUCUGCUGCCCAGUGACUUGGUGUUGCCUGUGCUCUCCUUUAUGGAGGCAGUGCUACCACAACUGGUGUGUGGUGAGGAGAGCCUGUGUGUGGAGGCCGUGACUCUGACCUGGGCGCUGGUGAAGAGUUUGAACACAAACCCCCGCGACUUCUGGCCCACACUGAAAGGUUUCAUCUCUGCGUCUUUCCAUCGUAACCUGCUAGAGCUCACAGAUGCUCCAAGACUCACUGCCACCCUGCAACAGAUUGCGGAUGAACUGAUCGCGCUGUCCCAGUCGAAGACAGGAGUGUUCAACGUGCUGCUUCAACACUGCUGUCAAACGUGGCUGUCCACAGGAACUGAUAGCUCAUUUUCAAGUGUGUUCAGCCACAUCAACAUACUCACUGAGGCUUGUGUCUAUGGACCAGUGUUCAGGAGAGACCAAAGGUUAAUCCAGGAUGUCCAAGCGUAUGUGGAGCAACUUGGUGAACAGUGCGCUGCUAAUGUAGUAAUUACAUGUGAUAACAAGGAUGAUCAGUUGCCCCGCACAUGUGCUAUAGGCUUCCUCAGUCGCCUGGAUUCCUCCAAUCCACUGCAUGAAAGGCUGAUGGAGGAUCUGGUCACCCGCCUGCUGAAAAAGGAUAAGGAGAUAUCAAAGUCAAAAGUGCGUUACUACAGCAACUCCCUUCAACAUCGUGUGAAAAAUAGGGUGUGGCAAACGCUGCUGCUGUUGCUGCCCAAACUAAAGGAGGACUUUGUGGCCUCCUUGCUGCGCCACGUGUUUGAGGCAGGAUUCUGCAGUAACCAGGCCUCAGUCAAGUACCUGAUAGAGUGGAUCAUGAUCCUGAUCCUUGUCAUGUAUCCACAACACAUCAACAGCUUUUGGUCCUGCUUCAGCAUGGAUCAAGAAAAGACCAAGACGAGCAUCUGCACCUUCCUGUCAGUCCUGGUACAUUUGAAUAUCAUCAUGCCUAAACUAAAGGAUAAGGCAGCGCAAUGGCGCAAGGCGCUGGAUGUCAUCCUGCAGUGGUGUUUCAGCCACAACUUCAGUGUGCGUCUGUAUGCCUUGCUAGCUCUGAAGCGGGUGUGGUCCUUGGCUGAGGUCAGGGCCGAGGCAGAGGAGGGGGCCCAUGGCUUGGGAGGUCUGUCAGCUGUGAUCAAAGCCUGCCUGCACCAGGCUGAAGCGAUGCAGAGCACCGGAAACGCCAACAAGAACUGGAUCAGGAUUCAGGAGCACUUCUUCUUUGCUGCCUUUCAUCCUAUCAGGGAUUACAGUGUUGAGACCAUAUUCUAUACAUUUCCCUGUCUGUCAGAGUUGGCUGAUGAUGAGUGGAUCCCUCCAUGGAAGUUUGAGAAGUUGUUGUGUUUCUCAGAGAGUCCUUCCCUUCCUCUGAGGAAUCCUGUCCCUGACCUGAGCCAGCUCCAGCCUGGAGACUGGAUCCAGCAAGACAAACGUGAGCACGACAGGGAGGAGCGCUGGGCGGAGGUCCAGAAGAAGAUAACCCCGUGGAGGCUGGGGAUCCAGGAGCAGGAGCCCGAGCUUCAGCUGGUUCCUCAACAGAGAGCUGCCCGACUAGGAAAAAUCCACGGCGCCCUCCUGGUGGUCGCCUCUCUGAUCGACAAACCCACCAAUUUAGGAGGUCUGUGUAGGACCUGUGAGAUCUUUGGUGCCAGUGCUUUGGUUCUGGAUAGCCUCUGCCAUGUCAGUGAUAAACACUUCCAGUCCCUGAGUGUCUCCUCCGAACUGUGGCUCCCUCUUCUAGAGGUAAAGCCAGUGGAGCUCACUGACUUUCUGCAAGUAAAGAAAAGUGAAGGUUACUGCAUCGUGGGAGUGGAGCAGACAGCCAACAGCCAGAAUCUCCAGGAUUACCAGUUCCCGGAGAAGACCCUUCUGCUUCUUGGCAAUGAACGCGAAGGUAUACCCGCCAACUUACUUCAGCUUCUCGACGUGUGCGUGGAAAUCCCUCAACAAGGGGUGAUCCGCUCGCUCAACGUGCAUGUGAGCGCUGCCCUGCUGAUUUGGGAAUACACACGGCAACAUCUUACCUCCGGCUGAAGUCUGUUCAACUCGACGCCCAUCUGAAAAAUCGGACACUGUGGCCAUAAGGAAACCCAAGUCUUACCUCAUGCUGGUUGAAGUUGCUGGCCUUCUUUGCUCAACUCGGUCAGCAAGUGUGAAAAUGUGUUAAGUGGGGGUUCUUAAUAUGAUUAUAAUAUUUCCACGUUCUGAGCGUAAGCUUCAUCUGCUGUAGAUGAAAAGGCUGUGUACAGGGAGCAUCAUGACCUUAAGCAUUUUCAUCUCCUGCCUGGAUAGGAUUUUAUUUCCCUUGUGCUUCUUUCAUACCAGGUUUUAAUAUGGGCCAAGUCACCAGACAGUCCUCGUGCCUUUCCAGGAGAGAAUUAAGUCGUGAAUAGAGACCAGUACUGGAUAUUACAUUAAAAUAUUCCAGUUGGCUUGCUGUUAUUUUGAUAGAAGAGGCAGUUGCUGUGUUGGCAGAGCAACAGAGUGUGAAAUGGAAACUUCAUUUUCUUCUGUUGUUUCUCAUUUUUCUGUUUGUGUGAGGAGCAACCGGUGUUUGCAUCUAUGGCACCAGGAACAGUUUAAAUCCAUGUUUAUCAAGCUAUAGGGUAUAUUUAAUAUUCAUAUUGAAAUUCUAUUUAUUUUAACAGAAACUGUGCAUUGUUCUUAAAAGGAAUCCUUCACCAGUUCUUUGCCAAAAACAAUUAAUUUUGUGCAUUUUGUGAUUUGAAAAAUAAACAAAUAAAUAUUUUGAGAGGACUGGG